GCAGGCGCGGGGAACGCCGGGAUCAGGGCGGGCUGUGUUCGGGGGGCCCAACGUAGGGCUGUCGCUGGCUUGCUCGGGGUCCGUGGCGGCUGUUGCGUUCGAGGACGCGGCGGAGACGGCUCCUUCCCAGCGGGGAUGGCGGACGCGACGGCCUCCCCGGUGGGGAAGCGGCUCCUGCUGUUGUUGGUAGCGGGGACGGGCGAGAGUGAGACUGCGGGGACGGAGCCUGGGCCUGCACUACCCUCCCGGGCCUGGAGAAGCGGAACCGUGCGGGCCAUGAGUGGGGCUGUACCCCAAGAUUUAGCGAUAUUUGUGGAAUUUGAUCGGUGCAAUUGGAAGCAGCACGCUUGGGUGAAAGUUCACGCAGAAGAAGUGAUAGUUUUGAUGUUGGAAGGGUCUCUGGUUUGGGUCCCUCGAAAUGAAACAAUUUUGCUUCAAGGAACUAGAGUGUCAGUUGAGCAUUGGCCAGGACUGACGUUCACUCCUUUAGUAGAUAAGCUGGGUUUAGGCUCUGUGGUUCCAGUAGAGUCUCUUGUAGACCGAGACUUGAGGUUCCUUUCCGAUGCCAGUGGAUUACGUCUUUUCCAGAUGGCAACAGAGAGUCAAAACCAAAUGCUCCAACAGCAGCCUAUAUUAAGGGAAGCAGUCAAUGCAUUGAUUGGUGAUCAGAAGCUUCAGGAGAUAUUUAGCAGAGGUCCAUACAGCAUCCAGGGUCAAAGAGUGAAGGUGUAUCAGCCAGAGGAGGAAAAUAGUUGGGUCUCUGCUGUUGUGAGCUGUCAAGAUCCUAUUACUCGUCUGAUGGAGGUGGUUUUGACAGAGACUGGUGAAAUCAAGUCAGUGGAUCCCCGACUAAUUCAUGUAGUGAUGGACACUUCUGCUCUGAAUGAGGGAGGAUCUCUAAAGGGAGCUAAAUCCUCAAAAGGGAAAAAGAAGAGAGAAAGUGUGGAAGUGAAAGAUGGACGAAGGAGAAAAAAUGCUUCUGAUGCUGGAUGUGAUCAUGCUACAAAGAAAUUAAAGGAGAGGGGUGAAGUGGAUAGUAAUGGAAGUGAUGGAAGUGAGGCAAACAGGGGAGCUUGGAAAGGAAACAUCAGCAGUGAAGUGGCUCCAGAUCCAAAGGCCAAGCAGCCGCCCCCAUUUGUUCCUCAAAUUAAUCGUAAUAUUCGCUUUGCCACAUACACAAAGGAGAAUGGCCGAACUCUUGUAGUCCAAGAUGAACCAGUGGGUAGUGGCACACCUAUGCCCUUUACUUCCUUUUCUUCAGCUACUGCUCAAACACUGCUAAGUGGACCUGGAAAUCAAGAGAUGGCAAAAUCCUUGGAACAGGCCAGUCAAAACCUAGUGACUACCCCUGUUGUAAUUACUACAGCUGGGCCAACUCCAACCACUGUGCGGAUCUCUGAUACUGGCCUUUCAGCAGUUUCUGGACAAGAAAAACAGAAAGUGUGCUGUUCACAACCCCAAGGAGAUGGAGGCUGUAAAACUCUUGAAUCAGCAUCUGGAAGCUCUUUUGGAGUGGAUGAAGAUGAACAAGCAAAGCCUAAUAAUUCCCAAAAUUCAUUGUUGGCUUCUCCGGGAUUUGGAACAGCACACUCGAGUGCCUCCCAGCCUGUGGUGUUUGAUAGUGGGCGAAGCCAAUCCAACGGCAUAUUAGCGCCAGAGAAGAAACCUGUUGGAUUUUCAUUUGGUAGCAACACUGGUCAGGAGGUCCAGAAAGAUGCUGAUUUAUCAAAGAACUUGUUUUUUCAGUGCAUGUCCCAGAAUCUUCCUACCAGCAACUACUUCACAGGCUUGUCAGAGAAUCUGGGUGAAGAGCCUACGAAUCAAGACUCAUUAAAAAAAAGUACAGAGACCCUGAGUUUGAGCAUUUGCAAGGGUAAAAGUCAUCCAGGAGAAGCUAAACCUGCAACUCAGUUGGGCAGUUCUGUGGACCGGAAGCUGCCAGUGGAGUCUAUGCCCACCCUUACUCCAGCUUUCCCACGAAACCUCUUGAGUACUCGACCUCCAGAUAAUCAUGAGAAUCUCUUUUUGCAACCCCCAAAACUCUCACGAGAGGAGCCCUCAAACCCUUUUCUGGCAUUUGCAGAAAAAUCAGAACUCAGUCCUUUUAGUAGCUUUGCAUCCUCAUCUCAGCCAGGGGUAUCUGCUACUCCCUCUUCAGUUCUUGGUUCCAAGACAGCUUCUGGCUGGUCAGAUUUGCACACCUCAACUGACUCUUUAGCAAAAAAGAAAAGUUUGUUUAUAACAACGGAUUCGUCCAAGAUGUUAUCCAGUACACCUAGUUCAACUCUCUUCGCUGGUGUUCAAAGCUCAUCUAAUUUGGGGAAUGGCCGUUCCAGCUCGCCUAUUGGCAGCCUGACACAGCCUAUUGAAAUGCCCACACUGUCUUCCAGUCCAACAGAAGAAAAGCCAUCUGUUGGGCCUGGGCAACAGGACAAUCCACUUAUGAAAACUUUUUCUAACGUGUUUGGCAGACAUCCGGCCGGCUUCUUCUCUUCACAGGCAGAACUAGUGUUGGAGAACAAAGUUCCCUUUGAAACUGUGAAAAGGUUCUCUCUAGAUGAGCGGAGCAUGCCAUCUAAGCAGGAUUCUGAUUCUAGUACCAAUAGCGACCUCUCUGACAUGAGUGAUUCUGAGGAGCAGCUGCACACCAAAGCUUGCCUGAAGGGAAUCCCAGAGCAUCUGAUUGGGAAACUGGGUCCCAAUGGCGAGCGGAAUGCUGAACUACUAAUGGGCAAGGGAAAAGGGAAACAAACGCCGAAGGGCAGGCCUCGCACAGCCCCCCUGAAAGUUGGCCAGUCUGUACUGAAAGACAUGAGUAAGGUGAGGAAGUUGAAGCAGUCAGGGGAACCAUUCCUCCAGGAUGGUUCCUGCAUCAACGUAGCCCCUCAUCUGCACAAAUGCCGGGAGUGCCGGUUAGAACGCUACCGCAAGUUCAAGGAACAAGAGCAAGAUGACUCUACUGUGGCCUGCCGCUUCUUUCACUUCCGCAGACUGAUAUUUACUCGGAAGGGCAUACUACGAGUAGAGGGAUUCUUGAACCCCCAACAGAGUGACUCUGAUGCUAUGAGCUUGUGGAUCCCGUCGUCAUCUCCUGCAGAGGGGAUUGAUUUGGAGACCUCUAAAUACAUCCUGGCCAAUGUUGGGGACCAGUUCUGUCAGUUGGUUAUGUCUGAAAAGGAGGCAAUGAUGAUGGUGGAACCACACCAAAAAGUGGCCUGGAAGAGAGCUGUACGGGGUGUGAGAGAAAUGUGUGACGUAUGUGAAACAACACUGUUCAAUAUUCAUUGGGUUUGUCGUAAAUGUGGCUUUGGGGUUUGUUUGGAUUGUUACCGCCUCCGGAAAAACCGUCCACGCAGUGAAACAGAGGAGAUUGGUGAUGAAGAGGUUUUUUCAUGGCUAAAGUGUGCAAAAGGACAGUCACAUGAACCAGAAAACCUCAUGCCAACACAGAUCAUCCCUGGAACAGCACUAUAUAAUAUUGGAGAUAUGGUUCAUGCAGCACGUGGCAAAUGGGGAAUUAAAGCUAACUGUCCAUGUAUUAACCGGCAGAACAAAUCUGUGUUGCGGCCUGCUGUAACCAAUGGAAUUUCACAGCAGUUGCCCAGUAUGAAUCCUGGUACAUCCAUUUCUGGAAAUGAGAAUUCAUUUUCUGGUGGCACAGGAACAACAGAAGGUGGACAGCUAGACACAAAUGCUGCACCUAAGUCUGAAACUACGGAAAGCAAAAUUGAAGAGCCUGUAAAAACAGAAGUUCCAGCAACCAGCAACAGUGGUGGUGAGACAAAACCUAACAAGUCGCUAUGUCCAGAAACAAGCCCCUCAUCAGCACUGCACUGGCUUGCAGAUUUAGCAACACAAAAAGCAAAAGAAGAAACAAAAGAAGCAGGUUCACUAAGGUCAGUGCUCAGUAAAGAAUCACAGUCACCUUUUGGGUUGGAUUCCUUCAACUCUGGUGCAAAGACCUCUCCUUUAACUCCAAAGCUUUUUAAUAGUCUUCUGUUGGGCCCAGUUGCCUCAAGCAACAAGACAGAAGGUUCCAGUCUUCGUGAUUUGCUUAACUCUGGACCUGGAAAAUUGCCUCAGGCAUCACCUGAUACUGGGAUCCCUUUUCCUCCUGUUUUUUCUGGAGCUUCCACUGGGGCCAAGAGCAAAGCCAGUUUGCCCAACUUCCUCGAUCAUAUUAUUGCUUCUGUGGUGGAAAAUAAGAAGAUGUCUGAUGCUACCAAGCGAACAAGCAAUUUGCCUGACACACAUAAAGAAGUGAAAGAAAUGGUAAUGGGAUUAAAUGUCCUGGAUCCACACACUUCCCAUUCUUGGCUCUGUGAUGGAAGGCUGCUGUGUCUGCAUGACCCCAGCAACAAAAACAACUGGAAGAUCUUCAGGGAGUGUUGGAAGCAGGGUCAGCCUGUUUUAGUUUCUGGGGUUCAUAAGAAAUUGAAGCCUGAACUCUGGAAACCAGAGGCAUUUAGCCUGGAAUUUGGAGAUCAAGAUGUAGAUCUGGUCAAUUGUAGAAACUGUGCCAUAAUCUCAGAUGUCAAAGUUCGUGACUUCUGGGAUGGCUUCGAAGUCAUUUCUAAGCGUCUGAGAGCAGAUGAUGGACAGCCUAUGGUACUGAAGUUAAAAGACUGGCCUCCGGGAGAGGAUUUUAGAGACAUGAUGCCUACAAGGUUUGAGGAUCUAAUGGAAAACCUUCCUCUCCCAGAGUACACUAAGAGGGAUGGAAGACUGAAUCUGGCAUCAAGAUUGCCAAGCUACUUUGUGCGACCUGAUCUGGGUCCCAAAAUGUACAAUGCUUAUGGGCUGAUAACUGCAGAAGACAGAAGAGUUGGUACAACCAAUCUACACCUGGAUGUGUCAGAUGCUGUUAACGUUAUGGUAUACGUUGGAAUCCCCAUUGGGGAAGGUGCGCAUGAUGAUGAGGUGCUGAAAACUAUUGAUGAGGGAGAUGCUGAUGAUGUCACAAAACAGCGAAUCCAUGAAGCCAAGGAAAAGCCAGGGGCGCUGUGGCAUAUUUAUGCUGCUAAGGAUGCUGAGAAGAUCAGGGAGCUUCUUCGGAAGGUUGGUGAAGAACAAGGGCAAGAAAAUCCUCCGGAUCAUGACCCUAUCCAUGACCAAAGCUGGUACUUGGACCAGACCCUACGUAAACGUCUGUAUGAGGAGUAUGGAGUGCAAGGCUGGGCAAUAGUGCAGUUCCUGGGAGAUGCUGUAUUUAUUCCUGCAGGAGCCCCGCACCAGGUUCAUAAUUUGUAUAGCUGCAUUAAAGUAGCAGAAGAUUUUGUAUCUCCAGAACAUGUUAAACACUGCUUCCGACUGACCCAGGAGUUCAGGCACUUGUCCAACACUCACACAAACCAUGAGGAUAAGCUGCAGGUGAAGAAUAUUAUCUACCAUGCAGUCAAAGAUGCCGUUGGCACACUGAAAGCUCAUGAAUCCAAACUGGCUAGGUCCUAGGAAUUGGUGAUUCCACACCCCCCUCUGGAGUCAUUUUUUUGCUCACGGUAUAGAAGGAGAGUGCACAUGCCUGCCUUUGUAGGAGGCAGAGGUCUCUCGAUAAGAGAUGCCACGGCAUUCAUUACACUCUCCAGCUACUGUCUUCUAUGCUGCCUCAACACUGAACAUCUGAACGAAGGUCACUAUAACAUACAGAAUUCCUAAUUAAUGAGAGGUGCUGUGUCAUUUUCCUGUGGCCUUUUGCUAAUUGAAAUUGUAUGGAAACCAUGUGGUGUUCCUGCAUAUUAUGAAUAGAAAGUGUGAACCUUUUUCAUGCCUAGUUAGUCUUUCCAAGAAGUUAGGAAGAAUGAUGUGAAGAUGGACAUUCUAUUGCAGACUUGAGUAGCUAGCGCUGAAUGAGUGUGACCACCACCAGGAGCCAGCUACAGGAACAUGGACAUGAGUCCUCAAGAGUCUGCCACAGGCCAAGGAAAAAAGAUCUUGUUCUUCAUGCUCCCUUUUAACAGUUCUCUAUACACUGUAGAAAUGCAGAAACACAGAGAAACCACUGUUUUUCUCAGAUGGCUCCAGGAUUAAAAAUUGUGUAUUUAGUGAAAAACUAGGUUUGUAGUGAAACAGUAUUUCAUGAAAGUAGAUAUUUUUAGAAUUUGAAAUACCACAACUGUUCCUGGAUUACAAGGAAAGGCACAUCACAUUUAGUCUUCCUUUCAAUAAUACCUUUCAAGAAGUUAUUCUUACAAAUAAAUCCAGAAUAGCACAAUUGGCCCAGAGGAGAGCUAAAAGAAAUUGACUUCCAACACCAGUUCCCAGAAAGAUAGAAGUAACGGGGGGGAAAGAACUUUUAUGUUUUGGAGAUGUUGUACAUCUCUCCCUAAACUGGUAAACGAAGCAAUGGUUCACCAGUUUUCAGUUUUAGAUUGGGACUACUACUUCCCAGAACUAAUUUUCAAUAUCAGCUUUGUCCAGAAAUAUUUUCAGUAAAAUGUUCCUGCUUGAUAAGAGUUGUAUUCAGAGUUGUCACCAUUGAACUGAUGGAUUCCAUUGUUUGACUGUUCAUUGGGGCUAUAUCUACCUUCUAUUCAGCUGUACUGUAGUGCCACCUGCAGGCCUGUUAAUAUGUUCACGGUUAUUUCAUUUUUUAAAAAAUAAAAGUCAUUUACUGUA